UGACUGUCCCAUCUUUCCUGCUUGAAGCAAACUAGGAGGAGCGGUCCCUUCGCUCUGUCCCAGGCAAGAUCACCACGCCCAGUCCAGCUCUCUGUUGAUUGUUCUGACAUGAUGACAGAGCUUUCACAUCCACCAUCAGUUUCGUGUUUGUUCUUCUGAUGAGGACUCUGAUAUUUUCUGUUGGAUGAAGGCCUCAAAAAAGACUAAAUCACUUAGCAACCCUGCAGCUAUAAAGGAUGGAUACAACCUCCCAUCCCAUGAUGCCCUGGCACAGAUCCUACCAAAUGGUCGCUACCCUUUCAAGGAGGCAAGGACUGAGCUCCACAGAGCAGCCCAGCAAGAACAGGAGAGACCAGCAGAGAGGCCAGAGGCUACACAGGCCAACAAACCCAACAUUAACCACACCUAUCAAGUGCAUCAUGCACAUAAACGACCCCCUCUGCUUGACUUUGAGGAUGAUCCCCACAUGGCAGAGAUCACCGACCUCCAAACUAAGGAGGUGGAAAACUAUCGCUCAGCCAUGAGUAAGAUGGCAGAAGACAUCAUAGUGUUGAGGAGACGGGUGAUAACGUUGGAGGCAGAAAACAGUCAGCUCCGCACUGACCUGUCUCUGCAGCUGGACAUUGGUCGACACCUGUUGGAUGACACUGACAUCGACGUCAUGACCAAGGCUGAGAUUGCUGACCGUAUAGCCUCUCUGAAAUUCAAGCUGGCCAGUGAGACCAGUAAGGCUGCCUCUCAAAGGGGCAGAAUCCAACAGCUGCAGAAUGAUCUGAUCAAGAAGAAUGACCGUGAGAAGGAGCUGCUGAAGCUUCAGAGAGUUCUCCAGCAGCAGCAGGAGAAAAUGAAACGCCACCAGAGUCGCUUGGCAAAGAUGGCGACUUUGGAGGCCACAGUGAAACAUCAGGAAAAGGUCAUUGAGAAGAUGGAGAAAGCAUUUGUUAGCAAACUCAGAGAGAAGAAUAAGCAGAGUAGUGACAAAAGGCUGGUGGGGAAAAAGCAAAAAGGUGAGACUGACCACAGAGAGGAAGAGAUAGAGUCGGCCCUGGCAGCAGAAAACACUCGUCUCAGAAGAGAGCUGGACAGGAUUCACCAGCAGCUUGUCCCUGUCAUUAUACAGCAGUCAGCACAGACGAAAGAAGCACUGCCAGUCACAGAUAGAUUGAGUUUACUAAAUAAACUGGAGAGGGCCGAGGCAAGAGCCCAAACACUGGAGACUCAGCUGCUGGAGAACUCUAAAUUAUGGGGGAGACAGAAACAAGAAAUGUUGACCCACUGAGUGAGCACAGCGUGGCUUUGUCCGGACGUCCACCACAAUCCUUCAUUAUGGCCCUUCG